GAAACAUCUCUGCCCUCAUGUAUCGUCGAAUACAGUCCCUGCUCGUUGCCCGCAACAAUGUCCGACGACGGUACGCGACGACAAGCACGGAUAACGGGAGGUCAUACCACUCGAAGGUAUCCGCUCUCCCAUUCAGGGUCGAUCCCGAAAGCGCCAAAGGACUCUUGACGGCCUACGCAAUGGCAGCGUGGCAAGAUGUGCCCGACAUGGAUGAGGUCCUUGGAUUCAUGAAGAAGAAAGGCAUAUUCGAAGACCAAGGGCGCGGAAUUGGAAAUAUGAUCAAACAGUCAUUAUCCACCUUGCCGAGCAUGUUGGAAGAGUUCACAUGGAGGGUUGAGAAGAUCAGCCCGAUGUAUGUGCCUACCUGGCUCGUCACUAGUUCUGUCAGCGUCAAGUUCAUGCUACGAGAGCGAGGAGAAGUAGAACAAAGGGUAUUUGGCCUCAUUGAUGCCACCAUUCCUGGUCAUGGUUUCAAGCCGCUUUCGAGUCUUUGGUUGUCUGAGCCAUGGGAACACAACAGCCAGCCACAAUCGUACUCACCAUCUAUGCUUACUACGCGAUGGGGCGAAGAGGUUCGGGCUAUUCCGUUCACCGUCUCCCCCUUGAAGAUGCUGGAAAUGUGCAAGGACCUGCCGGAAAGUGCCCCCGAGUUUCGAGAUCUUGGUAUCACCAUGAUGCCGGAUGUAAACACGGAUGCGCUCUCCCUUCUUCCUUUGCUUAAACCUGUGUAUAUCGGCGAACUCCGCCUGCCGCGGACUUCCCAGUCUGCUACGGCGAUUCUCCCUGCAUGGACAGAGACAGAGAUGGGUGGUAAGUGGAAGGAUUUUACAGGGCUAGAGCAAGUUCGAAAGAGCGUGUACGGCCCUCGUUCGCUUAAUGACCCACCUGCCACCGCCGAAUAUUACUCGGAGAACACCGACCAAAACUCCAACAUCGGCAUCACGUUCAGCGUAAUGCACGAGACACCAAAUUCGCCCAUGCAGCUGAACUCACUCGCCACGAAACUCAUCGAUGUCAUGAAGGAGGCAAGGCUCAAGCGUGUUGACUGGUCCCUCAUUGGUGGCGUGGACGACGCCAUGUGGGAGGACAGCAGGAUCGUGUCAUACAAUGAGGCGGACUGGAACGACCGCAAGGUAGAGGUCACACGGGCACAGCAAAGGCAAACAUUGAGGAGCAUCUUCCGGGAAGAACGCAAUCACUUGUCUGACGAAGAAGUGGACCGCAAAGUGAAGAUAGUGUCUAAGUUCAUUGACAAGCUCCGUAACGGAGGUGGAGCACUCGAUCGCCUGGAUUUGGAGGCGGUGGAAAGGGCAGCGGAGGAGGAUGAAGAGAAGGACCGCAAGGCAGGAAAACUAUGAUUAGUGUAUAGCAGUAUCGUCGCUAUUUCCACCUUGUAAUAUGUCGUGAUGACACAAAGACCAAACAAAAU